UUUUCCUGACACUGAAGGGAUUACAGACUCGCGCUCUUCAUCAUCAUCAUCAUCAUCACUGGAGACUGAAGGCAGACCAUAAUAAUCCUCAUCUCCAGCAGGACACACACACACACACUCAGCAUCAGUUCUCCAGCAUCUCUGGCUGUCAGGAUACUCUGCUCUGAUUGGCUCACCGCGGAUCGAUGACGUGGAAGCAGGAAAUGGAAAUAUGUUGAGGACAGAAUGCAGAGAAUCAAACUGUGGACACCAAAGAAAACCAUGCAGACGUCCCUGUGGAUGACACCUGAGGAAGGCUCCAGAAGUGCAGGUGAAUCGGGCUGAAACCCAUCCUGGGUGCGGAGCGGAGCUGUAACCCGGAGGAGCAGUGCUGGAGAUGGUGCGGCCCGCCGGCUGCAGGUCCAUAUGCUGGCCUGCGCUCUUAAACUCCCUGUUCCUGGCAUCGGCAGCAGCCUUCUCUGUGCUCUUCAACGCCUCAGGGGAUGAUAUUUUUAGUGACCUUGGGCUGUUCCGGCUCAGGGAGAACGGGCCGCCAGAGCUACAGAAACUGCAGGCCAGUAAUAUUCACCCUAACUUGUACUUUAACCAGGACGAUCUCACAGUGUUGAGGCAACGGUCCUCUACAACUCACAGCCACAUCUUCAGAGUUGUGCGCAGCGCCGUGUCCACAAUGCUGACCGCCGGCCCGCUCUACAUGCCGCCCGCAAACCAUGAGGAGUUCUCCAGCAAGUGGAACGAGAUUUAUGGAAACAACCUGCCGCCGCUGGCCCUGUACUGCCUGCUGUACCCAGAGGACUCCGCCGCGGUGCGAUUCCUCAUCAACUAUAUGGACAGAAUGGCGGAUUACCCCGACUGGGCAGUGACCACUGCUCCCAAUGAUGACAUUCCAGUGGCUCAUUCGCUCACCGGGUUCGCUACUGCUUUUGACUUCAUCUACUCGUUGCUGGAGCAGCAGCGCAGAGACCGGUUUCUCAAGAAGAUCUGCGCUGAAACUCAAAAGCUUUACGAAGCAUCAAAGUACAGGAGCUGGGGGAAACAGUUCCUCCAGAACCACCAGACCACUAAUAUCAUUGCUAUCCUGACUGGAGCUUUAGUGGUGGGAGCACACCAGGACACCCAGUCCAUGGGCUGGAAACAGGUCUCUGUCAAUUACAUGGAGAAGACGAUGUUUCUGUUAAGUCAUGUAGUAGAUGGCUCUCUGGACGAGGGAGUUGCGUACGGCAGUUACACAGCAAAGUCCAUCACGCAGUACGUUUUCUUAGCACAGCGCCACUUCAGCAUAGACCACACACAGAACAACUGGCUGCGCAAUCACUUCUGGUUUUAUUACGCCACUCUGCUUCCAGGGUUCCAGAGAACCGUCGGAAUAGGGGACUCCAACUAUAACUGGUUCUACGGGCCAGAGAGUCAGCUGGUCUUUUUAGAUUCUUUUGUGAUCAAAAACGGGUCAGGUAAUUGGCUAGCGCAGCAGAUUAGGAAGCACCGGCCUAAAGAUGGCCCCAUGGGUCAGUCCUUCGCCCAGCGCUGGACAACCCUGCACACAGAGUUCAUCUGGUAUAACGCUAGCCUCGCUCCGCUAGCCCCGUACGGCUACAGCAGGGCCAGGAUGCACAUAUUCUCAAACUGGGGCGUGGUGACAUAUGGGGCGGGGCUACCUGUUGCCCAGGGCAACACCUUUGUCUCAUUUAAAUCCGGCAAGCUGGGUGGCCGGGCAGUGUUUGACAUUGUUCAUGCGAAGCCUUACUCGUGGGUGAACGGCUGGAACAGCUUUAACCCUGGUCACGAGCACCCAGACCAAAACUCUUUUACUUUUGCCCCUAAUGGGCAGGUGUUUGUGUCUGAGGCUCUGUAUGGCCCCAAGUACAGUUACUUAAACAAUGUGUUAGUGUUCAGCCCUUCCCCGACCAGCCAGUGCAAUGCACCCUGGGAGGGCCAACUUGGAGAGUGUUCCAAGUGGCUGCGCUGGACAGAGGGCGGUGUGGGUGACUCUGCCGGAGAGCUGAUCUCCGCUUCUGCCCACGGGGAGGCGCUGUUCGUGAGCGGGGAGGCGGUCACUGCGUACUCCUCCGCUCUGGGGCUGAAGAGCGUAUACCGCGCUCUGGUGCUCCUCAACUCACAGACCCUGCUGGUGGUGGACCAUGUAGAGAAAACAGACCACUCGCCAGUUAACACGCUCAGCGCUUUCUUCCACAACCUGGAUAUUGACUUUAAAUACGUGCCGCACAGAUUCGCAGACAGGUACAAUGGGGCUCUGAUGGAUGUCUGGGACGCUCAUUAUAAAAUGUUCUGGAUGGACAGUCAGGGCCACAGUCCAGAAACACAGAUUCAGGAGGCAGAGCAGGAGGCCGAGUUUAAGAAGCGCUGGACGCAGUUCAUCAACGUCACCUUCCCCUUUACACACUCAGUGUCUAGGAUGGUGUACGUGAUGCAGGGGCCAUACAUUAAGGUGUCCAACUGCAAGUUCAUCGAAAGCAGUAAAGACGGCCUCAGAGUUUCUCUCUUAAUCAAUAAUACUGAGAAAAUAGUUUCAAUAGUGACUAAUCACAGAGACAUUGGGGCGCGGUUCAGCUUUCUGGGGUUCGGGGGUUUUGCUAAAGUGGAGGACAGACAUCAGGUGGUGCGCUUCGGCCUGGGGGCGCAGCAGGUCUCCACACACACCCACACACACAAUCAUCUGUUUGACUUUGGAGUUACAGUGAAUGUCGCAGCUGGAGUAAUACUGUGUAUAGCGAUUGUUUUUCUGACCCUACAGCGCAAGUUUUAUGUUUGCUUUAGCAGACUGAUGCGUUACGCUUUGCUCUCAGUCUUAAUGCUGUGGAUAACCGAGCUCCUGUUGGUGUCUAGCACCUGUGAUCAGCUUCUGUGCAGGGUAAAGUGGAACGCAGUGGGCACAGACCCAGAGCGUCACCAUCAGGUGCCCGCCCAGCAGCAGCAGCUCCUUCUGCCCACGGUGAUCAUCACCACACUGCCCGGUUCCGGCUCCGACAUCCUCAAACACCUCUUUUACAAUAACUCAGACUUUGUGUACUUGCGCAUCCCCACAGAGCACCUGGAUAUUCCCGAGACAGAGUUUGAGUUUGACUCUUUAGUGGACGCCUGUGAGUGGACGCGGGCAGAUGCCCAGUGUGGGCGCUUUAAGAUGGUCCAGGGCUGGCUGCAGUCACUGGUCCACAACACACACCUGUUCCUGCAGAGUGUCCCGCUGCGGGCGGGGGGGCGGCCGGACGGGGAUGUAGAGUAUGUGCGUGAGCUGCGGAGGCACACUGUGGACUACCCCAACGCCCGUGCGGUGUUGAACCUGUGCAGCGGCUCCUGGGCCCUGAAGCUGCCUUUCCUGCAGGAGGCCAUCGGCCCGUCUCUGAGGGCCAUCUAUGUGGUCCGGGACCCGCGGGCCUGGGUUUACCUGAUGCUGUAUAACAGUCGCCCCAGCCUUUACUCGCUCAAGAACAUUCCACAGCACCUAUCCCUCAUCUUCAGGCAAGAUGGUGCCAGCGAGCGUUGUCCCAGCGCCUUGGCUCCAGAGUUCGGGCCGCUGUGGCGCCUGGUCUCACGCUCAGAGAGUAGUGCUGUCUUGCUGUUGGCACACCUGUGGCGGGCUCACACCGCUGCCGUGCUCAGAGUCUCCGCUGGAUUACCCGAGGACACCUACCUACAGCUCCGGUUCGAGGAUGUGGUCCGUCUUCCUCUGAAAACCGCAGAGCAGAUUCACUCAUUCCUGGGAGUCCCCGUCUCUCCGGCGGCCCUGAAUCAGCUGAUGUUCAGCACCUCCACAAACCUGUAUAGCCUGCAGUACGAGGGGCAGGUUUCUGCCUCCAGCAUGGACCGGUGGAGGCGCCGCAUGCCCCGACGGGAUAUCCGGCUGAUCGAGCACACCUGCGGGACUCUGAUGAGGACGCUGGGCUACCGCAGGCUCAGCCACAGCUAGCUGCGGACAAUUGUGUUGUAUUUUUGCACAAUCUGAGUUGGAAACAAAGUGGAAAUGAAGGGAACAGGCACUAGAGCUGAGUGUUAGUCUGUGAUUCUGCUUCAUAUCCAACAUAUGACAUUUUUACCGCAAUGCCUUCAGGAUGGGUGUAUAUACAGGUGAAGACUAAAUUAUUACCCCUCCUGUUACAUUAAUGAUUUCUCAGAUAUUUCCAAGUGUUUCACAGAGCUGGGAACAUUUGGGUUUUCUUAUAUUGUAGUUUACAGCAGGAAAAUCAGAGGGUCUUCUGUUAUAGAGUUCUGCUGGAGAAACUCUUCUCUUUCAGUUUGGCUGGAAAAACAUUGUGCACUGUGAUCAAGGCAAAGACAGAAGAGAUGAGCUAUUAUAGAUGAGCUAUUAUAGAUGAGCUAUUAUAGAUUAGCUAUUAUAGAUGAGCUAUUAUAGAUGAGCUAUUAGAGAUGAGCUAUUAGCACUGUGUUUGAGAAUGUGAAAAAAUCUGUGGAGAUAUUGUUGAAAAUGGAAAUUGAGUUAUCUUGUCAGGAGGGCUAGUGAUUUUGUCUUCAACUAUAUGUAUGGAUAUGUAUAUAUAUUAUAUACAUUAUAUAUACACACACACACAUAUAUAUAGUUUAAAGGGAGAUGCACACCACACCAUUUUCAACCAAAUAUAUUUAUGCGUUUUGGCUGUUAAUUUACUCAACAUGUGUAUUUCGUGUAGUUAUUAGGCCGUCGCAUUAAUUAAUAACUGUCUAAUGAGUUGUUUGCUGUAACUGUGACUGUUGCAGUACCUUUAUAAGGCACAAGAGGGACACACACACACUGAAAGACAGUCACUUAGAGCAGUGUUUCCCAACCCUGUUCCUGAAGGCACACCAACAGUACACAUUUUAAACCUCUCCCUAAUCAAACACACCUGAAUCAACUUAUAACACCAGAAGAGACUUCAACACCUGAAGUUAAUGGGUCAGAAAAGGGAGACAUCCAAAAUAUGUACUGUUGGUGUGCCUCCAGGAACAGGGUUGGGAAACACUGACUUAGAGCAUGCAUUCACUUUAAGCCUCUGCUGUCUUUGCAGACACUGAUGAGCUGCAGUACAUCUGCAUUUAAACAGAAUGUGGUUACUCAGUAUUUAAAUGUGCGAAGAAGAUAACUUACAGAAGAGUCGAUCAAUCUCAAUCACCUUUAUUUAAUUAACAAAGUACAAUCAGAGUGAUUUAAUGAAGAUGAGCUGCGGCUGUAGGCCAGAUCAGCCCUGCAGGAGUGAAGAGUGUUUCUGCACAGCACCACCUGCUGACUCUCUCUCUCACACACACACACACACAGCAGGACGGUCAGUUGUUUAUCAUGGAUUAAUGUGAAUAUUAAUUGAUUUGACAGUUUUAAAUGAUUUUUCACUCAAUCAUGCACAAUCUUUCAAAAACAAGACCUCCCUGCACUGUCUGUUGUGUAGAUGUGCUGCAGACGGACACGGAGGAUUCAGUGAGGGUGUGUGUUAGACCCAGAGUUUGCUGUCAUAUGAUUCAGUACAUGUAGUGCUGUGCAGAGUUUACUCAGACUCCUACACACACACACACACACACACACACACACAUGUUGGUAUUGGUGGUUUCCAAGGACUCUCCAUAAGCGUAAUGUAUUUUAUAGAGUAAAAGCUGCUUAUAAUAUCUGUCCUGACCCCCUGUCAUGCCCAUGUCAUUAUAUAAAAAGUCCUAGUAGACCAUCAGAACCAGCACACACACACAGAGAGAGAGAGAGUAGUGUAGCUGUUGUUGAGUUGAGUGUUGCAUGCUGAAUCCGCUCUCCACAUCAUCAUCGGUGUGUGUGUUUAUCUGCUGUAAUCAGGACACUCAGACUCACUGCUUUUCUUAUUAUCAACUCCACUUGGUGGACUCCAGCGGUGUGUAAACGCGUAAUGAUCAGCAUCAGCCAGUGGUUGUGUGUGUUUUAUGUUCUGGUUGCCAGAUCAGCGCCCUGACUCCUCUUCUGCUGUUGUCUGGCGGACGCUCUGCUUGUGUUGAGGGUUGUGUGUCUGUGUCGGUGGCCUUCUGAUCUCUCGGACUCCUCCAGCUUUAUCAAGGUUUGACUCUCAACACAAUA